CGACUUUGAUGCGUUAAGUCUCGCCGCGGGGACAGGCAGAAUCGUCAGCAGCAACACACCCCGCAGGUGCACAUUCACCUUCCAGGGAACGCAGUCCUUCUCGGUCGGACACGUAUAGAAAAGCUCGAUACACGAGGGGAGACAAUGAUGUUUCUAAUCGCCAUCCUGCUCCUGGGAAUCCAACAACUCAAUGCAGCUACCGGUCCUUUCUGCUACCAUGACCCUGCAUGUGCUCCUGCCAAGUGGCCUGCCAAGUAUCCGGGUUGCAAUGGCACCCAGCAGUCCCCAGUCAACAUCAACACGGACAAAGCAGUCCGGAAGUGGAACCUCGGUCCCUUCUCCUUCCAAAACUAUGACAACUCCAGUCUGCUGCUCGAGAUCAUGCACACCAAGAACACCAUCAGAGUCACCACUAGCACCCAGAUGAAGCUGAGCGGAGGUGGACUGCCUGGUACAUACCUCGCCACCCAGUUCCACCUGCACUGGGGCAAUGGGAGCCAUUAUGGGGGGUCUGAGCACUGGAUGGAUGGCAGGCAGGCCAACAUGGAGCUCCACAUCGUCCACCGACGGCAGGGACUGAACCUGACCGACGUCUUUAAAAAGCCAGAGGGACUGGCAGUGCUGGGAUUCCUCAUCCAGAUUGAAUCCAACAUCUCCGAGGACCAGUCCUGGAAAAACCUGACCAAACUUGUCUCGAACCUGACAGAGGAUGGUGAUAAACUCACACUUGAUGGGGCAUUCUCGAUGAUGGAUCUCAUUGACAGCAUCAACCUCACCAAAUACUACCGGUACAAUGGCUCCCUCACCACUCCAGAGUGUAACGAGAUCGUCCUCUGGACUGUAUUCGAAGAACCCAUCCGCCUCAAUGCAUCACUGGUGGAAACUUUCUACGCCGACCUCUUUGUCAAUGCCACCCAAGGAAUACACUUGCUCAACAACUUCCGGCCCGUCCAGGAGAACAGGAACCCAAUCUGGGCCUCACGGGAGGCAUCCCAGGCAGCCCCCACAGUCAUCCCCACCACCACCCCCUCCAUCAUCCCCACCACCCCCACCAACCCCACCACCACCGGAGGGAGCUCAACUGUCUGGACUCACCCCCUUGGCCUGCUCCUGCCUCUGGCUUCCAUCCUGAAGUUGCUCUGAGUUCCUCUCCUCCACAGUGAAUGACACUCCCUUGCCCCACAUGGGGCAGGCAGAGAGGGGGGAGUUGAAGUGUUUAUAAGGACUGAUAGAGGGAGCCUUAAACCAUAAAAUCAAAUUGAAUCGAAUCAUAAGCACCUGAUGUGACAGGAAGGUGCCCCAUCCAACCUGAUCCAGUCUGGUGAGGGAUCGUAGGUUAAUUGGUUAUUAUAAAUUGUCCUGUGAUUGGGCUAGGAUUCAAUGGGUGGGGUGCUAGCCAGUGCAUCUCAUUGGGCCUUUUCUGCAGCUGUCUCAAAAAAAUCAAUCAACCAAUCAAUAACUUAUUAAAUAAAUACAGAACACCUAGAUCCACUCCAAUGGGAAGUCUGAUCCAGUCCAGUGAGGAGUUCACUCUCUCCCUGAUCAAUCUGAUGUCCAGUCCAGUUCAUUUCGAGCUAAUGGGUUGUGGAACAUUGGUGGGUGCCAUCAGGAUGGGGGCACAAGCUUAGCACUCUGUCCUCCCUGUGUUGAGAGUCUGGACUGUCAGCUGCAGAGCUCCACAGGGAGCAGAGCCGAAAUGCGGUCCCAAUCACCUUUGUGUGAUUGCACCCCAUCAUUUUCUCUGGUGACAGGAUGGGUGGCUGGGCAUGGUGCCUGAAUUACUGUGUCAGUUCAUAUUAUCUCAAUGCAUAAUUAUUUCAAUGAUUAAACUGCACUUUAUAUGUGACAUUGUGUCU